CUUUAAAUGAUCUCUCAUAGAUCAGUAAUUGUUAUUUCUAGUUGGUGAAAUGAAAAAAGUCAGAUGUCUGGAAAACGGACGAUUCUACAGGGAUCCAGGCAGACCAGCUCAUAAAAUGUGGACUCCAGAUGAAUGUUCCAAAUACUUCCUUUGCUUGGAAGGCGAAGUAUUUGAUUUUCGAUGUUCCUCAGAUCUACUAUUCGAUGUUGAUCGACAGAUUUGCGAUUUCAAAUUGAACGUGGACAAUUGCGACCUAACAGCAGACAGAGCAGAUUGCCCUGAGGGAUAUCUAGGUUGCGCAGACAGUACCUGUUUGCCACAAGAGUACUUUUGCGAUGGUUCUUCUGACUGCCAAGAUGGUAGUGACGAGGCUGGUUGCAAUUUAUUGGAAGAUCCCAAUGGGGCUAGCCCAUGUGACCCGAAAACAUGCGUAUUGCCAGAUUGUUUCUGUUCCAGCGAUGGUACCGAAGUUCCUGGUUAUUUGCCACCUUCCAUGGUACCACAGAUGAUACUUUUAACGUUCGAUGAUGCAAUAAACGACGAAAACUGGGAUUUGUACAGCAGAGUACUGUUUCCCAAAAUUUAUCAAAAUCCGAAUCGAUGUCCUAUAAAAGCUACGUUCUUUGUCAGCCAUCAGUAUAACAACUAUCACUAUACUCAGCAAUUAUGGAAUGAUGGACAUGAAAUUGCUAUACAUUCUAUAACUCACCGUGGUCCAGAGGAAUGGUGGGCCAUCAACGCCACCAUCGAAGACUGGUUCGACGAAAUGGUUGGCCAGGCCAACAUCCUGAACCGAUUUUCGAAAGUGAGAAUGGACCAGAUCAGAGGAAUGAGGGCACCUUUCCUGAGACCGGGAUGGAACAAGCAGUUUCUGAUGAUGAAGGAAUUCGGUUUCGUGUAUGACAGCUCCGUUGUGGCUCCGUUCGACAACCCGCCGAUAUGGCCUUAUACGCUAGAUCAUAAGAUUCCACAUGACUGUAAAGAGGCCAAACAGCUCUGUCCGACCAGAUCGUACCACGGCAUCUGGGAGUUGCCCCUGAACCAGCUGGAGGCGGGCUCGUUCACUUGUUCCAUGGUGGACUCGUGUCCUUCAGAUUUGACCGGAAAUGACGUGUACGACAUGCUGACGCACAACUUCAAGAGGCACUAUCUGAGCAACCGUGCGCCUCUGGGGCUGUAUUUCCACUCGACGUGGUUCAAGAAUCACGAGUACCUCACUGCUUUCCAGAAAUUCUUAUCGGACAUUCUGAAAGAACCAGACGUAUGGUUCGUGACCAGCUGGCAAGCUAUCCAGUGGAUGAGGCAGCCGAAAACAGUUGACCAGCUCCACGACUUUGCACCCUGGGGCUGCAAAAGGAGUUUCGACCAGUCGGAGAUUGCUUGCAGCACUCCCAACGUGUGUAAGCUAUACAGCAGGGUGU